AUGGGGAAUCCGCAGCACUGUCGCAUUAUUAUCCCGUUUUUCAUUGUAUUACUGGCGCUUGUUGGCAUUUUCCUGCUCGCAUUCAACACCAAGGAUGUGAAGGAACCGGCGCAAUAUAUGUAUGGCAUUGUUUUGGAUGCAGGGUCCUCCCACACAGCUAUGUUCAUCUACAAGUGGCCUGUGGACAAGCAAAAUGGCACGGGCAUCGUCAGCCAGCACAGCGAGUGCCAUGUGAAGGGAGGAGGAAUAUCCAGCUAUGCUGCCCAAAAAGGAGGUGCUGCCAAGAGCCUAGAAAUGUGCAUGCAACAGGCCGUGAUUGAUAUUCCCAAAGACAGGCAUCACCUUACGCCUGUGUAUCUUGGAGCUACAGCUGGCAUGAGGCUUCUAAACAUUUCUUAUCCAAAAGAGACCAGUGCUAUUUUGGAAGAAGUGCGAGAGAAACUGAAGAGCUACCCAUUUCAAUUUAAAGGGGCCACCAUAUUGACAGGACAAGAGGAAGGAGCGUAUGGCUGGGUCACGGUCAACUACCUGUUAGAAAACUUUAUCAAGUAUGGUUUUGUAGGCCGCUGGCUUUCCCCUGGCAAAGAAACGGUUGGUGCUUUAGAUUUUGGUGGUGCCUCCACUCAGAUUACUUUUGAGACCAAGGACAAGGUUGAAGACAAGCAAAACCUGAUGACGUUGCGACUGUAUGGCCAAAACUACAGCGUCUACACUCAAAGCUUCCUGUGCUACGGCAGGGACCAGAUGUUACGUCGUCUGCUGUCUCACUUGGUGAAGUCUCAAGGCUCAGAUGGCACCAUAAUGAACCCCUGCUAUCCAAAGGAUUACAAUGUGAACAAGACAUUGGGCAUGAUCUUUGAUUCCCCCUGCACAACCUCCAAUAAACCCCCUCAGUUUGACGCUGACAAGAAGCUGCAAAUCCUAGGCUCAGGAAACCAUGAGCAGUGCUUGGGAAAUAUGUCCCAGAUCUUCUCGUUUCAGUCAUGCCGCUACUCCAAGUGCUCCUUUGAUGGCGUCUUCCAGCCAAAUGUCACUGGUAACUUUAUGGCAUUUUCAGCAUUCUACUACACUUACUAUUUCCUGCAAAAGGCCAUAGGCAUCACAGUAAAAUCACCCGAGAUCCUUAAGGAGGCAGCCAACACCGUUUGCAACAUGAGCUUUCAGGAGAUGCUAGAAAGGGCUCCAGAUCAGCGCAACCGUCUGCAAGACUUCUGUGCAGCAACAGUCUUCAUGCAAGUGAUCUUACUACAAGGAUAUGGAUUUGAUAAGAUCUCUUUUCCUCACAUCUCCUUUCAAAAGAAGGCGGGUGGCACGUCAAUUGGCUGGGCCCUUGGUUACAUCCUAAAUCUGAGCAGUCUCCUGCCGUCUGAGAGCAUCGGAUUCAGGAAAGCUCUGGGUCAAAGUUCCUGGAAUAUGCUCAUCUUCCUCUUUGCCAUUCUCAUUUUUGUAGCACUGGUAUCUGUUUUUAUUCUCAUGUGCCGCAAGAAGAAAGGAAAUGACAAUGUUAUUUAAUGAUAAAUGUCCAGCACUGUGAUUUCUUCAUUUAUGUGUUAUGCACUGAACUGGCCAGCAGCAGCAAAGUAUGGUUUAUUAACAGAUUUUAGCUGUAGCCGUGAAAGAGUAAAGAAAUCAUACACCAGUCCGGUAGACCAGGGUUUUUUAAAUUUUUUUCAUGUACAUGUUAUUAGCAGCAGAAAUUCCACUUGAUUUUAUGACAGCUUUGAAGGGAUCAUUAAUAUAUUGAUCAUUAAUAUAAUAAAUAUAUUCAUAUAUUACUAUGUACUUUUAACAAACACUGUAGCAAUUCUGUAGCAAUUUUAGUUUUGUACUCAAUGUUAAACACAUUUCACAACAGUUUUGUAAAGUAAUUGUUUUAAAUGUUACAGUUUAAAUAUUUUAUAUAAUGUUUACAAAUUAUGAAUUCAGGGACAAUGCAUUUUAUA